UAAGCAUGGGGGUUAAGGCGGGUAAUUAGCCGGAACAACUUCUAGGCGCAUUUGGUGCGUCCCUUUAAUACGUCACGGGUCCACGUGUGGGGCGUGGAUUUGUAUUGGUUCCUAUAAGGAGUACGAGGCUGAUAGGUUAUCGUUGUCCGACAGAGCAUCACAGUUGAAGCGAAACUCUCCUUCAGCUGGGGAAGCCGACUUAUCCUGGCCAUAUCUACACACUACGAGAAAACAAGCUCUCUUCCUGGGCGGACGGAGUAUAUUCUUCUUCCUGUUCAUCGACUUCAAGGGGCGUGGAGUGGCGUGUUGAAGCGCGUCUAUUGAGUUACAUUUUUUCCAGUGCAACCGGAAUAUUUAAUCUUGGCUUUUCUAAACUGGUGACCUACAACGCCCUCCCCAGCCUCCAACAAACCCAGAGCCAACAGACUACCUCGUUAAGCUUUUUCGACCUGGCAGUGGAUCAUUAACCAGCCUUUGCUUUGACUGAAAACUAAAGCAGCAAAAUUUUAAAAAUAUUUCUGCUAUUUUUUUUUAAAUGAAUCACACUAAGAACACUUGUACAUUUGCUUCUUUUUAAGCUUUAAAGGAAUUAAUUCGUAAAAAUGCAUGCCAGGAUGGAAGCAGCGGACAUUGCAGUGGUUGCACUGUAUUUUGUCCUGGUGCUGGCCAUCGGGCUUUUGGCCAUGUGGAAAGCCAAUCGCAGCACCGUGAGUGGCUACUUCCUCGCUGGACGCUCCAUGAACUGGGUAGUGAUAGGGGCGUCCCUCUUCGUCAGCAACAUUGGCAGCGAACACUUCAUAGGUCUGGCUGGGUCGGGUGCAGCAAGCGGCUUUGCUGUAGGAGCCUGGGAAUUCAAUGCACUCCUCCUUCUGCAGCUGCUCGGCUGGGUGUUUAUCCCCGUCUACAUCUACUCUGGAGUUUACACUAUGCCAGCGUACCUGUCAAAACGUUUUGGUGGGCACAGGCUGAAGGUUUACUUCGCCUGCCUAUCUGUGCUGCUCUACGUCUUCACCAAGCUCUCCGUGGAUCUGUAUGCUGGUGCUCUCUUUAUUCAGGAGUCCUUGGGGUGGAACCUUUAUCUUUCAAUUCUUCUGCUCAUCAGUAUGACUGCUCUUCUCACCAUCACUGGUGGAUUGGUUGCAGUGCUCUACACAGAUGCUCUUCAGGCAGUGCUGAUGAUUGGUGGAGCCCUGACCUUAACCAUCAUGAGCCUAAUCAAAGUUGGUGGACUAGAAGGGGUCAGAACUAAGUAUAUGCAAGCCAUUCCUAAUGUCACUGCAAUAAUGGCUGCUGGAAACUACACAUAUUCACCAUCUUGUCGCAUUGAACCAAAGCCAAACUCACUACACAUCCUUCGCGGCCCUCUAGAUGAGGAUAUUCCUUGGCCAGGUUUCAUUCUGGGGCAAACCCCUGCAUCCAUUUGGUACUGGUGUGCAGACCAGGUCAUUGUGCAGAGAGUAUUAGCUGCUAAGAACAUUGCUCAUGCUAAGUGCUCAACACUCAUGGCUGGAUUUCUCAAGAUCCUGCCCAUGUUUGUGAUAGUCAUUCCAGGAAUGAUCUCUCGCAUCUUAUUCGCAGAUGAGAUUGCCUGCAUCGGGCCGGAGCACUGCAUGGCUGUGUGCGGUUCCCAGGCUGGGUGCUCGAACAUCGCUUACCCACGCCUGGUGAUGGCGGUGAUGCCGGUGGGUCUCAGGGGUCUUAUGAUGGCGGUCAUGAUUGCUGCUUUGAUGAGUGACCUUGACUCAAUCUUCAACAGCGCAAGUACUAUCUUCACCCUGGACAUCUACCAGACUGUCAGGAAAACAGCUACGCAACGCGAGCUGCUGAUUGUAGGCCGCAUGUUUGUUGUGGUCAUGGUGGUAAUCAGCAUCGCUUGGGUCCCUGUAAUCAUUGAGAUGCAAGGUGGACAGACAUACAUGUACAUCCAGGAAGUUGCUGGCUAUCUCACCCCACCAAUAGCUGCCCUUUUCCUGCUCGGUGUGUUCUGGAAGAGGUGUAACGAGACGGGCGCCUUCUGGGGAGGGAUGACGGGUUUCGUGCUCGGUGCUGUACGGCUGAUCCUCGCCUUCUUUUACCGCCAGCCUCGCUGUGACCAGCCAGACAACAGACCCUUCUUCAUCGUCCACAUUCAUUACAUGUACUUUGCAGCUGGACUCUUCUGGAUUUCAGGGUUGGUUGCUGUGGUGGUCAGUCUUUGUACCUCUGCACCGGAUGAUGAACAGGUGCGCACCGCCACAGUCUGGGGGCUCCGCAAGCUGGAAAAGGUUCCCCCGAAGGACAGAGCUGUAAAGUACGGUCUCACAGAGAAGAACCAAUGCAACAAUAGCGAAGUCUACUAUAAAGACAUUCCUGUAGAUGUCAAAAUGGAGAGGUGUCUAGAUGGAGCUGAGAUCAAGCUUCUGGUCCCGUCCACAGACCAUGAUCCAGCUACUCCCAGCACGGAAACGUCCCCUGCCUCCACCCCUGCUGAGCAGCCUGCUUUCAACCAGAUGGAUAUGAUCAGACCAGAGCCAGGAGAAAAAGGCCUGUGCAUGCGCUUUAUUGACUGUUUCUGUGGGUACAAAGAAGAACCACAUGGUGCUCCACAGAAAAUCUCGCAGGAAGAUGAGCGGGUGAUUGCAGCGAUGCUGUACGAAUCCCCCAGAGUUAAACUCCUUCUCAACCUGGCCCUAUUUGUGGUCUGCUCUGUGGGCAUAUUCAUGUUUGUGUACUUCUCACUGUAGUUGGACCCCGUACAGAACUGUUUAGAGUACUUCUUUUGAAUAUGUAAGAUAAGUGCAAGGUUUUUUUGGGCUGUUACAGCAGUAAAAAAAUUUUUCACGGUUUAUACAUUUUGUCUGUAAUAUUUACAGUUAUUUUUUGUAUCUCAUUAACAGGGAUCUAAGCUUGUUAUCAUUUUUAAAUGAGUAAAGCUUCUCCACGUGAAAAAGAAAAGCAAAACACAUUGUACUUCUAUGUGACUUUGAAUCCUAUUGUUAAUCUUGCAUUUAAAAUGUUGACUGGGACUUUCAGAGUUGUUCUAUAAGUGAAUCUAAUAUUUGCCUUACUAUAUAUGUUUUUGUUGCAUUUGAGGAUGAGUUGAAAUAUUUAUGACCUCUUUAGAAGGGGUGCAAGAGAAAACAUCAAGAAGAAUUGCUGGGUACUUGAAGAAUGUUGCAAAUGCUGUUUAUUUUUUAAAAUAUAUUUUUAAUAGUGAUAAUUGAAACAAUUGAUUUGACUUACUUAAUGUGUUGCAUUUAGAACCACUUUAUGGAGUUGUAAUAAGAAAUGUAUUCAUGUUUUUCUGCUGAUCGGUGUCAGAAAGAGAAGCAUAACUUAAAUUAUUUUUCUUUUUUUGUUGUAGUCAAAAAUAGACAUGGUGUAGUUAAUUUAGUAACUUUUGACCAAAUUUCAGUUGCAUUUGGAGCAUUAUUUCUCUUUCUAUUACUUUAUACACAUUGUGUUUUACACUACAUUAUGUUUGAUUUUGUUUUUGUGGCUAUUUUAUUGUAACAGAAAGCACCAGUCAGUUCUUAUUUGAUGUCUUGUUGUUUCACAUUAGAAAACUAAAGUCUUUUGCAAAUCUUUUAGGGCUCAUUUUGUUCAAAUUGCUUCCAUACUAAACUGUUUAUUGUGUGUCCUCUGUCUGUUUUUAAAUAUUGUCUAUUUAAGGUUAUUUUUUAUGAAUCUCCUACCAAAUGUGUCUUAUUGUGCAAUGCAUAAGUGGGGGGAAAAAAGAAGAAAAUUUACAAAGAACACAGAAAUAAAAAGUAUUUUUUAAGUCUUGACUCAACCAGCUUUUUAAUGCAGUGUUUUUUUUGGUGGCAUAAAUUGAGACUGAUGCUGCAAAACUUAAAGAACGUUUGUGUCAGGGUUAGCAUUUUGUUGGCACAGCUUACUUCUGAUGUCAUCAUUGAAAUGUCUUUUUUCAAUCUGCUGAUCUUCUGGAUUGUGGUAAUUGUUUGAGUCACAACUGCAAAAAUAUGAAAAUUUAAAGGAAGAUUUGAAUCAAGUUUUGCCCAACCUUGAGUGCACAAUGUCAGUGAAUGGGACAGGCAAACCCUUUUUCAAGUUGAGACAUGUUGGGAUGAUGAGAGACGAUUGCUGUACGGGAAAAAGCUUUAAAAGUUUUUUCUUUCCUUUUUGAGAGAAUAUACAUUAUUUUUAUUCUAGAGACUAAAUAAAGUUUCUGUGGAGACCAGAA